AAUCUUGUUUCUGAACUUAAUCUGUAUAAUUCAUAAGCCUUUUGUUCAUAGAUUACUUAUCCUCUUUAAUGACUUUUAUUUCUUCAGAUAUCGGGGCGGAAGUCUUGUCCCAAAAUGUCUAUCAGGAGGCCUCAAAUCCCUCGGCUUCUUCUCCAAAACGUCUCUUGCAUGAGAAACGCGCAGCAGAUUCUAAGACACGUGAAUGUAUCUCUUCAUGACGGUGGUGCACUUGUCUUAACUGGAACAAAUGGAUCCGGUAAAUCGACAUUCUUGAGAAUGUUAGCUGGAUUCUCAAAACCCUCUGCAGGAGAAAUCCUUUGGAACGGUCACGACAUCACACAAUCAGGAAUUUUCCAACAAUACAAACUCCAACUCAACUGGAUCUCUUUAAAAGACGCCAUCAAAGAGAGAUUCACAGUACUCGACAAUGUCCAAUGGUUUGAGCUUCUCGAGAAUAAAAUCGGCAAAGCUCAACCCGCAUUGGAGCUAAUGGGUUUAGGGAGACUGGUGAAAGAGAAAUCGAGAAUGUUAUCCAUGGGUCAGAGGAAAAGAUUGCAACUUGCGAGGCUCCUCGCUAUCGACAGACCGAUUUGGCUAUUGGAUGAACCAUCCGUUGCUUUGGAUGAUGAAGGAGUUAGAUUGCUCGAGUAUAUUAUCGCAGAGCAUAGGAAAAAAGGAGGGAUUGUAAUUGUCGCAACUCAUCUUCCUAUCGAGAUUGAAGAUGCUAUGAUCUUGAGGCUUCCUCCUAGAUUUCCAAGGAAAAUGACUUUGAUUGAUAUGCUUGAUCGUGCAGACAUUUCUUAGUAGAGAAAUCAAAGAGAUUUUAUAUUUAAGAGAGUUUUAUCUCGUGUAAUGGAAUGUUAGUUUCUCAAGCAAAUUUGGUUAGUGGAGUUUAGUAAA